CUCUGGCGGAUGGAUGCUCUCCUACCUCGGCAUAUGCACCGGAAUCGCCGUCGCCCAAGCCAAAGUCAACCACUACCUCGACCCUGAAAAUCGCCUUCAAUACCGCGAUUUCUAAAGUGCUCGAACGCUUCUGCUAGCUACAAGCACACAAUUGUUACAAGAAACUUCACCACCCCCAGCCAGCCAGCCAGCCCACCAUGUCCGCCGACUUCUGGGCCGGUUACAUAAGCGGCGCCGUAGGCAUCAUCAUCGGCAACCCCCUCGACCUCCUCAAAGUCCGCCUCCAAGCCCGCCCCGCGACCGCCGCCCCCUCGACACCCCUCCCCUCCUCCCCGCGACCGCUCCCGAGCCCCACCGCAGCCGCAGCGGCAUCCUACCUCCGCCACUUCGAAUCCCCCGCCUCCCUCGUCACCGGCUCCGCCGCCCCGAUCCUAGGCUACGGCGCCCUCAACGCCCUCCUCUUCGUCUCCUACAACCGCACAGAGGCCGCCCUCAACCGCGCCCUCAACGUCCAAUCCAGCCUCUGGACGACAUGGCUCGCCGGCGCCGUCGGCGGCCUCGCUACCUGGGUCGUAAGCACCCCGACGGAGCUGAUAAAGUGCCGCGCCCAGCUCUCCUCCCCGCCGGCCUCGAGCUGGGCUAUCACGAAGGACGUCUGGCGCGCCGAGGGGAUCAGGGGUCUCUACUUUGGUGGCGUGGUGACUGCGCUGCGGGAUAGCGUCGGGUACGGCUUCUACUUUUGGUCGUAUGAAAUCACCACGCGGUGGAUGGGCGUCGGAGGCGACGGCGUGCAGGAGACGAAUCUGAAGGAGGAGGCUGCCAAGGUGUUACUCUGCGGCGGCCUGGCAGGCAUCGUGACGUGGGUGAGCAUCUUCCCACUGGACGUCAUCAAGACCCGCGUUCAGACGCAGGCGUUUCAGGCACAGGCGCAGUCACCCGAGAGGUCACCUCUGCUUGCGGCACAAGGGCUCUCGCAGCAACAGCAGCAGCAGCCGGCGAAGCGUGCAGGCGCGAUACAGGUCGCGAGGGAGGCCUACCGCGAGGGCGGGAUGAGAGUCUUCUUCCGCGGUCUGACGGUCUGUAGCGUGCGAGCCUUCGUCGUCAACGCGGUUCAGUGGGCCGUGUACGAGUGGGCCAUGUAUGAGAUGGGCGAGGGCCGGAGACGGCCUGCUGCUGCCAUUGAGCCUGCGGGACAAGUCAUGUGAGGAAUCACGACUUUGAUGAAAUAGGCGGUAUGAGAACAUGUCGGCUCCAGAUGGUCGCCUUGCGGUUCCUGAAUGUCACCGCAAUGUUGCCGCUCGCGCGCGCACCUUGAUGGAGAAAGUUGCCGAAUACUCUCCGGCAUCACAGACAACCACG